AUGUGCGGUUCCAAGAGACGCGUCGCUGCUUACAGGGAAUAUGCACCAGCAGGCGGCAGCACUUACCCUGCCCCUGGUGCCUACCAUGGUCGAAGGGGCUGUGGAUCAGGCCAUUGUAGACCGGGACUGAUUCGAACACUGGUCACCAAAGCCAUUGAAAACCGAAACAAGAAGAUUGAAGCGCGUCAACUACAGGAGGAAGCACGCCACAUUCCUCGACAACCUCACUUGCCCGAUCCCGAAAAGCAGCAAUACGGCGUCGUACAAGAACGCCAGGCCAAAGCACAACCUGUCAAGAUUGUUUACGAUGACGGACACGAGGAGUAUGUCUCGACUUAUGAUGAGAAGCACGCCACGGGAACGCAUACUGAGCCACAGCGGAGUGAACACCUCCCAAGAUAUUCCGAGGUUAUGAAGACCUAA